UUUAUUCAUUUCUGGUAGUUUCUUUUUUCUUUAAACAAGCUGGUAAUUAGCUUGAUGUUAUCAUAGGGACUUCUCUGUAUACAUUCAUCCUCUUCAAACAAUGUCGGAAUCUCAAAAUUCUCCACCAAUUCGUCCCAAAUGUUUACGAGAGGAUGAACCGAGUGAGGAGUGUAAAAAUUUGCUCGCAACCCUACCCAAAGAAAAAGGAUGGAUUUCGUCGCAUCUCUACAACUACAAAGGUCUCUGGAUAGGGCACGCGAAGACACUCCAAGGUGUGCUUGCAUUUCAGCAACAUUUUCAAGCUCAAGAUAGUGAUAUCAUUCUUGUUACCACUCCUAAAUCAGGAACUACCUGGUUAAAAGCGCUCGUGUUCGCUCUAGUGAACCGAAUGAACUAUCCUGUUUCAGGACAACAUCAUCCUUUACUUUUCAAGAACCCUCAUGAUCUUGUUCCAUUCUUGGAACUUAGGCUUUAUUUUGAUGGAAAAGUCCCUGAUUUAUCAUCCUUUACCUCACCUAGGUUGUUGUCAACUCAUAUGCCAUAUGCAUCAUUACCAAAAUCUAUCCAAGAUUCGAAAAGCAAGCUAAUUUACCUGUGUAGGAAUCCUAGGGACACUUUUGUUUCUAUGUAUCAUUUCCCAAACAGGUUAGGACUUAGUUAUAUAGAAACCAAUUCUGUUGAAGAAAUAUUUGAUCUUUUCUGUAAAGGGGUGAGCCAUAUGGGUCCGUUUUGGGAUCACGUGUUAGAUUACUGGAAAGAAAGUUUAAAAAAUCAUACAAGAGUACUUUUCUUGAUGUAUGAACAAAUUAAAGAGAAACCCGAGAUUCAGCUGAAACGCUUAGCUGAAUUCUUGGAAUGUCCAUUCUCUACAGAGGAAGAAACAUCAGGAGUGGUGGAUGAAAUCGUAAAAUUGUGUAGCUUUGAGAAUUUGAGCAACUUGGAGGUGAACAAGAAUGAGAAAUUGUCAACUGGAGUGGAAAAUAAAGUGUUCUUUCGACGAGGGGAAGUUGGAGAUUGGAAGAAUUACUUCACGACUGAGAUGGUUGAGAAACUAGAUCAUAUCAUUGAACAAAAAAUUCAAGGAUCUGGAUUAAAGUUCCGCUACAUUUAAUUAGGCAUUAUGUUUUUGCCAAUAAUAAUAACCUCUAGUCAAUUUAUGUUUGAAAGUGAUAAGUUUGUCACGUUAUACUGUAAAAGUGUAUUACUUGUUUGGCAAAAUAAAAGAAUGCAGAUGUUUUUAUAAAA